AUGGACGGCGAGUACAAGAUAUCGGGCAGCCCCGGCCUAGAAGUAAGGCAUUUGCAAAUUAUGCGCCAAGACUCCACCACCCCGGAUGACAUUCUCGCCGUUUUGACACACUUGGCAAAAUACAAAUUCGUCAAGAACAUUUCGAAUUCUUUCACAGCAGAUGACUUCCGAUCCGCCAUCAAUGUCAACAUCACCACCAGAUCGGGCAACUGUUUCGACCCAGGGAGCAUCAUAGAUAUUCAACAAGACGGUAGCAGGGGGUACAUGUUUGAGUUGAAGGUAGAAAAUAGGGGUACAAAGGAUCUCUACCUUCACGUCUUUGACCUUGGUCCUUCGUGGCAGAUCGAGAACAUCUUGCGUGGAAGCUUCGAAACGCUGCCGCCUGUGGACCAAAGCCGAGGGUUCUCAGGUCGGUUUUCCAAGAAGCUAAGGACAGCGGUACCAAACGAAAUCAGGGAUAGGGGCUUCAGGACAUAUGACGACGUACUCAAGAUUCUGGUGACGUCCCAGCCAACGUCUUUCAACCUCUUUGAGCUACCCAAGAUUGGACAGGUUGGCAAGAAGAAAUCUUCAACGCGGAAUGGGAAAAUUGAGGACAAUGUUGCUCAAGAAUGGGCUGCUUUUAGCUUUCAUUUGCGGACUACUCUAAAGCCAGGAGUCAGUUAG